AAGGUGAUCCAGCCCUACAGAGUGAUGAGCGUCAACGGCACCGCUCAGGUCCAGUGUUUCCUCCAGACACAGCCCUCCAACCACCACGGCCUCCAGCUGCCUGACCCCGAGGAGGUCCGUGUGACUCUGCUGAGAGGCCUCCACGGCUCCCGGAGCCUCUGCUCCACCAUGCUCAACUUCACCGAGCCCAGAGAGACCGACGAGGGGGAGGGGGAGGAGGUGCAGUGUUCUGCUGAGGUGACAGGGGGCGUCGUGCAGGUGACAGUGUCUGGACUGAAAGCACCAGACACUGAUUUGUAUCGCUGUGAGGUGGAGAUCCUCUACCCACCUCCAUACCUGCGGCUCACCGGGAACGGGACGCUCAUCCAUGUCCAAGACAUCUGUGACCUUCCUGUGCGGGAGAGGGUUCAGCAGAGUGAUGAAGAGGAGGCCGAGGAGGGGAAGGAACCCAUCAGCGCUCCUGUGGUCGUCCUGGUGAUUCUGAUCAUGUUCGUCCUCCUCAUCAUCGUCUACUUCCAGACUCUCCAGUGUGAACGAGGGAUGAGGGACAGUGUUGUUCCCGCUGCUGUAUGCUGCUGAAAAAAAUCAACUGCGUGGUGGUAAAGUCAGUGUCGACCGCAUGAAGCAUCGCCUCUGUCAUGAUUGAGGUUCCACGUGUGGACGUCAAUGCAGAAGUUAUUUAUUUAGUACAAAAGAAUGUUUACGUUGUAAUUAUAUUAAAAAAGCUGCAGCUUUGAUUGUCACUUGAGGCUCGAUGUUUGUUUAAAGAAGUGCUUGAGUAAAUUUGGUAAAUCCUUUGGAUCAUUCAGAUGCAUUAUGGCCAUAGAGAUUAGUGCCUAGUGUCUAUUGG